AUGUCUAUUAGCUGUGUAAAAAGAUGUACAAUUUGUCCUGUAAGUGUUGAAGGAGCUGCUGGAUACAUGCGUCAUAUGCGACAAGUACACGGUACUGAUCGUUUAUUCGGCACAAAUUGUCCAUUGUGUGACUCUAAUUUUAUAUUUACUAAUUUUAAAUCUUUUAUGAAUCAUUUUCGUAAUCAUGACUUACAUCUUUCUUCGGAAGAGACGCCUCCCUUAUCGUUGUUACUAAAUUGUAACGAUUUUACUUCAAACAAUUAUGAUGAAAUUGAAUAUGAACAACACGAACAACAAGAACAGGGAAUUACAUUGUGGCAGCAUGAAAAUCAUGAUUCGUUAGAUGGUAUAAAAAAGUUUUACUUGAAGAUGCUGUUAAAAAUACGAGAAGGUCAUGUACUUCCUGGAAGUGUUAUGAAGACCAUGGCAUUGUCUAUUACUUGCUUAUUACAAUUUUUUUCUUAUCAUUUGUUAUCAAAGCUUCAUAUGAAUAUUGACAAUCCCAUAUCAUUCAAUUUCAACAAUGAUGUUGAAAAAACACUAUUUGAAAUAUCAAGAAAUGACCAUUCGUUCAUUUCCUGUUGCCAAAUUUAUUUCAAGUUUGUCAAGCCAAAAGAAAUACGUUUACCUACUGGAAACAAAGCUUAUUACAUUCCAUUACGUGAUCUACUUAUGAAUUUAUUUGAAAAAAAAGAUUUUUAUGAUAGUGUUAAACAAGAAAAAGAAAUUAUAUCCCAAUUUCAUGAACAAGAUAUUAUUUAUCAUUAUCGAAAUGCAGAAAUUGGACGACAACAUCGUAUAUUAAAUAGAAAAAAAAAUUGUGUAUUAUUACAAUUGUACUCUGAUGAUUUAGGUGUUGUUAAUCCAUUAAUGGGUAAAAAUGCUAUACAUAAACUGACGACGUUUUAUAUUUCGAUCGAUGAUUUACCAGCAUGUCAUAGUUCUUCUUUAAGUACAGUAUAUUUACUCUUAUUAUAUUAUAGAAAAGAUUUUGACGAUGAAAACAAUCGUCGAAUUUUGUUUGCACCAUUAAGUCAAGAUUUAAAAAGUUUAGAAAAUGAUGGUCUUAUAUUACCUGGUGAUAAAACCCCAACUUACUUUACAAUUAGCACAAUGUGUGCUGAUAAUCUAGCAACACAUGAACUCGGCGGAUUUACAAGAACAUUUACUACUGGUUGUUGUUGCCGCUAUUGUUUCACGCAUCAUAAAGAUAUGAAACGCAUUUACCAGGAAUCACAAACAUUAAUUCGUACAACUGAAUCUUAUGAUAUUCAGAUAAGACAUGUUGAAAAAGUGCCCUCGGACAAAUCUAUGUAUGGUAUUAACGAAGCAUCAACAUUAUCAUUUAUUUCAUCAUUUCAUCCAAUUACUUCUCUGCCACCGGAUUUGAUGCAUGACGUUUUGGAAGGCGUUAUGCCAAAAUUAACUAGCUGUUUAUUGCAUUCAAUGAUGUCUAGUCGUUUGUGCACAUCGUCAAAAAUUUGUCAAAUGAUAAAUAAAUUUACCUAUGGCAACAACGAUAAAAGAAAUCGACCACUUGCAUUGAAAGAAAAAGAUAUUUCAGAAAAAAUUAUUCGAGGAAAAGCGAUGGAAAAAUAUUGUUUAUUUUUGAAUUUACCAUUUAUGUUAUUCGAUAUUCUUGACAGAAUUCCUUAUUGGUUUUUAUAUGAAUUAUUUCGUGAAAUAUGGGAUAUACUGUAUUGUGAUUUUCCAAGAAAAUCUUGGUUAUCAACUCUUCAAACAUUAAUUGAAGAAUUUCUGCAAUUGUUUCAAACAAUUUUUCCUGAACAAUUCACUCCUAAAUUUCAUUUUCUUCUUCAUUCAGCACGAAACACAGCGAAAUAUGGUCCAUUAAAGCGACAAAUGAAUUUACGUUAUGAGGCGAAACAUCAUUUAUUAAAACAAAUAGCUAAUCGAUGUAAUAAUUUUAUUAAUUUACCAUAUACAAUUUCUAAACGUGUACAACUACGUCAGUGUUAUGAAUUAAUUGAUGAAAAUGCGUUUAGAUUAAAUAACGUUAGUGGUAAAAUUCGUACACGACGAACAAUAACUUUUCACAAAUCAAUACAAAAUGCAUUAACUGAUGAUAGUCCAUUUAUCUAUGGCGAUAUUGUUGAAUUCGUCAAAUGGGUAUUAAUCGAUAAUGUUAAAUACAAAAUUGGAGAUUUUUUUGUUGCUCAUUUAUUAGGUGGAGAAGAAAUUCCGUUAUUCGUUAAAAUUAAAUUUAUUAUUCAUAUAGUCAAACAAUGGCGGUUUAUUGUUCAAUGUUAUGAUACAAUUACAUUUCGACAAAAUUUAUGGUGUUAUGAAAUAAGACCAUCAAACAAUAAUAAUAUAUUAAGUAAAGAUGAAUUUUUAACACAUAAAUCAGAAGAUUGUUAUUAUAUAAAUAAUUCAUAUUUCAUUCGUGUACCUUAUCGAUUAACUAUUAUCGAAUGA